AGAGUUUGGAAAGAUGACUUUGCAGUUUGAGAAUACUCUGGGGCUCCUGGAGCUGAGAUGAUUUAGCAGCACAUUGGAGCAGCUGGGAAAGGCGGGAGAGGGAGGAACAGUCACAGCUUCUCUUCCUUUCCUUUCUCUGCAUGUCUGCUGUUUACUGCUCCCUCCCUCUUAGUGACCCCUUAUCUAACCCUCUGUACCGAAAGAGAAAUCCAGACAGUGGAAGCAUCCGACUCAGACAGGACAUACCAACACACACUGUUUAACGGGAAGAUAUAGAAGGCCCUGCAACAAUUGGACAACAUCAGAAAGGAGAACAGGAUCUAGGGAGGAAGCACCAAGUGAGUAACAGUACGAGUGGAUCUCAUACUGCCCAUCACACAGAACAAGCAGGGAAAGGAUAGAAACAAUAAGACGUCUAUGACUGGACACGCACAGAAAGCGAUUAUCUAGGUGAUUCAUAAGCAACCUUGUGGCUUUCCCCAUUUAAUAUGCAGGACUAACCAACAAAAUUGUUGUUGCCAAAGUGACAAUGCAGAGAGGAAUUUUACUCUUCCUCUGUACUCUAGUUCUGGGGAGAACAGCGGUUGUAUACAAUAAGUGCAGAAUCACACGUGCAUUAAAUGACAAACUGCUCUAUGAUAAGCGAUUGACCUACAUGGGGGAUUACUUUCCAAAGGAUUACAAAAUUUUUGUAAGGUAUGAAGAAGUUCUCCGCUGCCAAAACAUCACCAGCCUGAAUAACCAAGGAAUCACAGUAGAAGAGCUACGUUACCUGUGGGGUAUAAUAAACGAAGAGAUAUUGAUAAAAAUCAAGAAAGUAUUGCCAGACAGACACCCCUCCAUGGGCUACAUCAUGGAACUUCAGAAAAUCUUUAAAGAACUGCUAAGGGAUGAUAUAGAGAUCCAAACAGAAAUUAUUCAGGACAUCAUGGAAAGACUGAGCAGAGCGGAUGAUAUAGGACCAUGGAAAUCAGUUCGUCCCAAAGCACUGCUGGAUAACUGCUACAGAGUCCUGCAUGCACUGUAUGAAGAGGAAUGUAAUCUUUGUAAACCCAGCCGUCUUAUGGCUCUGUGAGCUCAGCGCAGACGCAUGACCAAAGCUGCAUGACCGGUUAUGGGAUUUCUCUGUGCACGUAUAUGUUUGUCAACUGAUAUCAUGGAAGUGAGAGAUACAACGCUGCUUCCCCACAUCACUAUAGACACUUUUUUUUUUAACAAUAGUUAAUGGCAUCAGUGGGAAGAGUUGGUGCGGGGGUACUCAAUCCUGUUUUCACUAUUAUUAAUGGCAUCACUGCUGAGAGGAUGUGUGAGGGUAUUGAAAGAUUGCUUUCUCUGGACUUUUUGGAAGAUUUUUCAUUAUAAUUUAAAGAAUGGAUUGUAUUGGACCUAAACCCCCCCCCCCGGUCACACAAGAUGUAAAAUAUAUAUUAUCUAUUGCUAACCCUAACCAAAAAAUAGAUACUUAAGAUGAAGAAAUGAUAAGGGUCAGAUUUAUCAAGGGCCGAAUUCUGAAGUGAAAAAAAUGUCGAAAUUUGACCAUCGAAUAGGGUAGCCCGAAAUUCUAAGU